AUGGCAACAGGGGAGACCAAGGCGGAGCAGAGCGCUCUUCUCCCCCAGCCCGCAGAUCACACAGCCCCCACAACCAAAAUCAGGGCACAAGAUGAGCCCGUCGCUUCCCCGGCCCAGCCUCUGCCCGCCGACCAGGGUCCUGCCAAGGUCGGAGGAAGCCCAGGGCCCGUGGACACAGCCACUGUUGGUGUAGGGGACCCGGGUGGGGGGCCGGAUGGGAGAGCCGGGCAGACAGCCCCCCUGCCCCCUGCCUCAGGUGGGGAUGGACCUCUGAAGGCCAACGAUGAGAAAGCCAAGGCCAAGAGCCAGACGUCAGAGGCCAAAGACGAGAAAUCACGGGCCGAAAAUGAGAAAUCAAAAGCCAAAGAUGAGAAACCAAAGGCCAGAGAAGAGAAGUCGAAGGCCGUAGACAAGAAGUCACAACCUAAAGACGAGAAGACCCAGGCCAGAGACGAGAAGCCACAGGCCAAAGAUGAGAAGUCACAGUCCAAAGACGAGAAAUCAAAAGCCAAGGAUGAGAAACCGCGGGCCGAAAGCGGGAAACCAAAAGCUGAAGGUGAGAAGUCACAGGCCGAGGAUGAGAGAUCCAAGGCCAAAGAUGAGAAAUCCCAGGCCAAAGGCGAGAAAUCAAAAGCCAAAGCUGAGAAAUCAAAGGCCAGAGAAGAGAAGUCGAAGGCUGUAGACAAGAAGUCACAACCUAAAGACGAGAAGACCCAGGCCAAAGACGAGAAGUCACAGGCCAAAGAUGAGAAGUCACAGUCCAAAGAUGAGAAAUCAAAAGCCAAGGACGAGAAACCGCGGGCCGAAAGCGGGAAACCAAAAGCUACAGAUGAGAAGUCACAGGCCCAGGAUGAGAGAUCCAAGGCCAAAGAUGAGAAAUCCCAGGCCAAAGGCGAGAAAUCCAAGACCAAAGAUGAGAAGCCGCGGCCCACGGGCGAGAAACCGAAGGCCGAGGAUGGGAAGUCACAGGUCAGAGGUGAGAAAUCGAAAACCGCGGAGGAGAAGUCACAGGUCAAAGUUGAGGAGUCAAAGGCCGAAGAGGAAAAAUCGAAGGCCGAAGAGGAGAAAUCACAGCCCCAGGACGAGAAGCCGGGAGGCAGAGUAGACAAGUCCGGGGCCGAAGGUGAGAGAUCGGAGGUCAAAGGCCAGAAGUCAGAGGCCAGAGGUGGGACGUCAGGCGCCGAGAACCAGAAGUCAAAGGCCGCGGGCCAGCAGGCAGGGGUCAAAGACCAGAAGUCAGAGGUCAAAGGCCAGAAGGGGUCUGGGACUGGGAAGGACGGUGAGAAGAGCAGAGAGGAAGGAAGGCAGAAGGAAGCGGAGAAAGGUCCAGAGCGAGGGGAGACGGGACCCAGGAGGACCCCACACAACUACAUGUUCAGUCCCAGCUGUCCGGCUGCCAUUCAGCGGCCUGAGCCCCCGGCAGGGAAGAAGGAAGCUCUCUUUCCGGAAGCCAUCCCGGAGGGGGUGGCAUCGGGUCCCUUCCCCACCCACGGGGUUCUGGACCUCGACUUCCAGCCCUGCGGGCCGGGCCCGGGGAACGGGGGGCAUCAGCAGGAGGAAGAGGGGGCCGCCGCGGCUUGCCCCAGCACCACCCGUGAAGACUGCUUCCAGAUCCUAGACGACUGCCCGCCCCCGCCGGCUCCCUUCGCUCACCGCCAGGUGUCGCUGACGGAGGCCAACGCCAGCAGCCAGUACAGCAUCAACACCAAGGAUGCGCUGGGAGGGGGGAAGUUUGGAGAAGUCUGCACGUGCACGGAGAAAGCCACCGGUCUCAAACUGGCCGCCAAGAUCAUUAAGAAGCAAAGCGCCAAGGAUAAAGACAUGGUGCUGCUGGAAAUCGAAAUCAUGAAUCUCCUGAACCACCAGAACCUGAUCCAGCUUUACGCCGCCAUCGAGAACCCACGCCACAUCAUCCUCUUCAUGGAAUUCAUCGAGGGCGGGGAACUGUUUGAGCGCAUCGUGGACGAGGACUACCAACUGACCGAGGUGGACACCAUGGUCUUCGUCCGGCAGAUCUGCGACGGCGUCCUCUUCAUGCACAAGAUGAGGGUUUUACACUUGGAUCUCAAGCCGGAGAACAUCCUGUGCGUCAACUCCACUGGACACAUGGUCAAGAUCAUCGACUUUGGCCUGGCUCGCAGGUAUAACCCCAGGGAGAAGCUCCAAGUCAACUUCGGGACCCCGGAAUUCCUGUCUCCCGAAGUAGUGAACUACGACCGGAUUUCCGAGAAGACGGACAUGUGGAGCGUGGGGGUCAUCACCUACAUGCUACUGAGCGGCCUCUCCCCGUUCCUGGGGGACAACGACACCGAGACCCUCAACAACGUCUUGGCGGCCAACUGGUAUUUCGACGAGGAGACGUUCGAGCUGGUCUCCGCCGAGGCCAAGGACUUCGUCUCCCACCUCAUCGUCAAGGACCAGAGCGAGAGGAUGACUGCGGCCCAGUGUCUCGAACACCCGUGGCUCAACAACUUGGCCGAGAAGGCCAGGCGCUGUAAUAGACGCCUCAAAUCCCAGAUCUUGCUGAAGAAAUACGUCAUGAAGAGGCGCUGGAAGAAAAACUUCAUCGCCGUGAGUGCCGCCAACCGGUUCAAGAAGAUCAGCAGCUCCGGCUCCCUCAUGGCGCUCGGGGUCUGA